GAACAGAGCCUCCAGCAUCCCUCAGACCUUUCUCCACCACUGCAGAUGGCUGCUCCUUACUGGGUUUCUGUAGCCGUCCUUGUUUUGAUGACCGUUACAAACGGCGAGACUGUUAUUGACCCAAACCAGCUCGCACCAAUUGUACAAGACAUUCUGAACAGGUACACACCUAGCUAUGGUGCAAACAACAACAGAAAGUUUCCCAUGUUCAGUGUGGCCGUGAGCGUCCCGUACAAUGAACAAACAAACACGUUUGAUAUGAAUGGAGUCACUGAUGAUGAUGGUGAAAAAGUGAAGAAGGACAUUCUAGACUGUGACGUAUACAUAGGUAACAGAGUGAUGGCAGCCACAGUGCUGAGAUGGCCCAAUGUUCUCGAUCAGUGUCCUAAUGCUUAUGUAAAGUGGGCCGAUGUUUUGCAGAAAUGUGGUAAACAGCAGAUGACAUGGGCUGAAGUUAAGUUGUGUGGUAAAAUUAACAUGCAGGAUGGCAGAGCUGAUCAUGCAGAGUUUCGAACCCUGCAGCAUGUCAACACUUUGGUCAAAGCCAAAAAUGAUCUGAUGGUUUUCUACAUCCGUGCCUCCCCAUGUGAUCAGAGAUGUACCAAGGAACAAAAUCCUCUGAGCAUUCUCACUAACAUAAAAGAGAUAAAGAAGUGGAAGAAUUAUGUUGUUGUGUUUUCAGAUGUAUUUAGACCUCGUGAUGGUGGGAACAUACCUGAGAAUAACCUGCGUGAAUCACUUAAGAGGCUUGGGAAUGCAAUCGCAGAUCAAGGGUCAAAUGGUCUUCAGCAUAUAUUCCGAUGCUACCGGCAGCAAGAAAUGAAGUGCUUUAGCUGCAAUAACAGUGGUGGUGUUACAGAUCAAUGUGUUUCAGAUGGUAAGCAACCUGACAGAAAACUAUCUGAUGUUGGGAAAAGUCAGGAAAGAGGGAAAAAAUAGAAUAAG